AUGGAAGUUGGCCUGCGCCGGGCUCGGCCGGUAAGAACUCAUCGCCCAGUACUAGCAGGGUUGAGACUAAUCCUAGGCAGGCAAGCGCCUUUCUGGUAUUUGGCUUUUCUGGUAUCAAGUGUGAUUGCAGUAUCCUUGGAUCCUUUGUUCUUGUACAUUCCAGUGAUCAAUGAUGAUAAAAAGUGCAUUGGAAUUGACAAGAAGUUGGGGAAUGUGGCUAUUGCUCUUCGUUCCAUGACGGAUUUCUUUCAUUUGUUUUAUAUCUUUUUCCACCUCCCUGCUUAUUGGUAUCUGCGACUGCUACGUUUCUUUCUGAUUGACUUGCUUUCCAUUCUGCCACUUCCGCAGGAUGCUCUUCAAUCUGGUAUCGUUGAGGUCACAGAUUUUCCAGUGAAGUUCUUACAUUCCUUUCUAUGGGGCCUGCAAAAUCUCAGUUGUUUCGGCCAAAACCUCCAAACAAGUUCUUAUGUCUGGGAAAACGUCUUCACAAUUUCGAUUACAUUAUCCGGCUUGGUUCUUUUUCUCUAUCUCGUUGGAAAUAUGCAGAUAUAUAUGCAGUCAAAACGUGUAAGAUCAGAGGAGAAGAGAUUGAAGCGACGAGAGAUAGAGGAGUGGUCGGGGUUCAAAAGGCUAUCUGAGAAGCUGCAAGAGGAUAUUAGGAAAUAUCAACAGCUCUUAUGUCGAGAAACCAGAGGUAGUGAUGUAGAUAGUUCGCUUGAUAGUCUUCCCAAGAGCCUUAGAAGGACCGCAAAGAGUACACUCGCCUUAAAGCUGCUCAUGAAUGUGCCAAUAUUUGAAAAGAUGGAUAGACAAGUUCUGAAGGAAGUGUGCAACCUUCUCAAGUUCAGGAUGUACAAUGAGGGAAUAGAAAUAGUUCAGAAGGGUGAUCCAUUUGAAGACAUGCAUUUUGUCAUGCGAGGUGAGCUAAUGAGCAUGGCUGCUGAGGGAGGCGGAACCAGUCUGUUUAAUGCUGACAUUUUACAGGAUGGCGAUUUCUUUGGACUAGAUCUUAUUUUAUGGUCUCUUGAUCCUCAUUCCUCAACUAAUAACCUUCCCAUCUCAGCUAGAACCAUUAGAACUUUUACUGAAGUUGAAGCCUUUUAUCUAACGACCGAUGACAUGAAGCUUGUUGCCUCAAAAUUAUGCAAGCAGUUUAAAAGGACUCAGAUCCAGCGUGCCUUAAGGUAUUACUCGGAGCAAUAG